GGGAACCAGGGCAUCAGCAGAGAUAGCAGGCUUUACUUUGCCAUAUUAGGCUAACUCGCUUUACGCUUUGGUUCAGGAUGGACACCUCUUCGAUUUCUCGGAGCCGACGAUGCUCCAUUAUGCGCAACUGCAAAAGUGGUAUUUCCCUCUGGUUGGUGGUGUGGCUGGUCCUCGGCAAGCCAAGUCCGGCCUCGGCGUGCCCGCACCUGUGCGUGUGCUACCCGACGCCCAUGACUGUGAGCUGCCAGGCGCAGAACUUCACCGCCGUCCCGGUCGGAGUGCCCUAUGAGUCGCAGCGCGUAUUCCUCCAGAACAACCGGAUCACGGAGCUUAGAGUUGGCUCUUUUGGCUUCGGGACUCAGGUCCUGUGGCUGUUCUCCAACAACAUUACGUGGAUUGAGGCAGGGGCCUUCAGUGAGCUGAGGGACUUGGAGGAGUUGGACCUGGGGGACAACUCCAACCUCCGCAGGCUGGAGGGGGGAGCCUUCCGCGGCCUCGAGAAGCUCCAGAGCCUCCACAUGCACCGCUGCCGUCUGAGUGCCCUGCCCCAUGACAUCUUCCACAAGCUUUACAGCCUGCAGUUCCUAUACCUGCAGGAGAAUAAUCUCAACACUCUGCAAGACGACAUCUUCUCUGACCUCAUCAACCUGAGCCAGCUUUUCCUGCAUGGCAACCGCAUCCGCACCCUCUCAGAGAACGUGUUCCGCGGGCUGGUCAAUCUCGACCGCCUUCUCCUCCAUGAUAACCGCGUCAGGCAGGUCAACCGCCGCGCCUUUCGCGACCUCGGCCGCCUCACCAUGCUUUUCCUCUUCAAUAACUCCCUGGCUGAGAUGCCCAGCCAGGCCCUGAGGGAUACUCAGGGUAUCGAGUUCCUCCGCCUCAACGCCAACCCCUGGUCCUGCGGCUGCGAGGCCCGCGCCCUGUGGGAGUGGUUCCGCGAGGCCCGCGUCUCUUCAUCUGAGGUUAUCUGUGCCUCCCCUUCCGCCCGCCGCAACCAGGACCUCCGCUUUCUUCGUGAGAUGGACUUCGCCCUCUGCCCCCUGCCCGACCCUGGCUCCAUCGCUGGCUCCACCACCACCACAUUCAGCACCAAAACCCGCUGGUGGUUCCACAAGAACAAGCCUCAGUCGUCCACGAAAGGUCUCUUCGAAAAAUCCUCAGAGAACGUCAAAGCUGGUUUGUACGGUAAAGGCCCGUCCACAACCACCUCAGUAGUCAAGUAUGAGUUGGGGGAGGAAGAGCUGGCGCUGCCCAAGCUCGACGCAGAAGAGUACUGGGCAAACUAUGGCAACGAGGACUCAGGUGUCACCCUGCGAUGCUUCGAGCUCGAAUGUCCGCCUGACUUCGACCUGCCUACAUCUUCUUCCUCUCCUUCAUCACCCUCUUUCCUCACACUACUAGCCCUUUCUGUUUGCAGCCUCUGCUUCAACCUCCACCUACUAUUCGGCUGAUUCUGACUAUUAGCGCCACAACCCUUUCCCCUUCCAGCCUGUUUUAAAGGCUGUGAGGCUGUUAGACUCGACACCCCCUUUGCCCGCUUUGCUGUAAGCCAAUCCUCAAGGCUCAGCCAGGGAGAUAGGGGGACAGUGAGAUUCUGAAUCUACCGCCUACAGGGCUUAACACUUUUUGAAGUGUUCUUGAGUCACGUACAUCUACAAUACUCUACAGGUAUGGCUUUCUGUGUCUCACCUGUAGGGUGUCACGUUGUUAUUCCCUGCAAUCAGGGCUAUGAGGGCUGAGUCCAUCGUUAAUAUCAAUGCGAUUUGAUAGCAUUUGUAAAUGAUGUGAUUAAUUUUGUCACCAAUAAUUGCUAUUAGUGCAUCUACUGAAGUGAAUACUACGAAUACCUAGUAACUGGUUACUACGAAUCAGUGCACAGUAAGACAAUACUGUAACCACUUAAAGUGUUAUGUAAAAAGGUAUAUCUUUUUGUGAUAUCUGAUAUCUGUGGUCCAACUUUCAUAUUCAUCCAGGAGAGAAGUCUAGUGCUUCUACAGAACAGAGCACAGUCAGGCUGAGAGUUCAGUAUGAGACAGAGGAGAGGAGACGAUAUACUGUGAAGCUGGGAAGGAGAGCAAAGAGAGAGAGAACGCAGGGACAUUAACGAAAUAAGGAGUAGCGACAGAAAUGACAGGGCGAGGAAAGGAAGGGGUUAUUCAACGAAACAGGAUUAGAAAGAGGAAGAGAGAAAAGGAGGGAGGAAGGGGGACAGUGUUCGUGCAGCAAUAAGAAAAGAGGCGGUGAGAAGACAAGCAAGGAACUGUGAAAGGACAGUGCUGGCGGUAGAAGCAGCUGCAGGAGAAAAGUAAUAAAUCCACUCAUCAGUUAGUUGUUCCAUCCAUCCAAUUCAUCGCCAUUUUCUACAAACAUGGUGUCGUUCGAGACAACCACGGAGGAAGAAUGCUUCCUGUCAGGAAGCCAGAUAUUUCGCUUUUUGGAUGUCUUUCUGUGACAUAUUGAUAUACUGUGUAAAUAUUGUUGAUUUGGAUGCAGAUGAAGAUCUUGAUAAAAAA